UAAUGAAAGUGACGACAUCAAAUGUAAGUGAUCCGGAAAAAUAUAUCGGUUACAUAAUUCAUUUCUUUUAUAGGCGUUGUAGCGGUUGCCAGUCUACUGAAAAUUUCCUUUGACACACUCAGAAGCUGACACUAAUAACAAUGUAUUUUCUUGCAUUCGUACUCUCCUGCUUUGGUUCCAGUGUUUUAGCGGAUGAUUAUUUCCAUUCUCUUUAUAUGGACCUCAACAAAACUUAUCAACUCUCAUGGAAAUUUAAUAAAUCUCACAUCGAAUUCCAUACUGAAGUUAAAACACUCGGUUAUGUUGCACUAGGCUUAUCAAUGGACGGUAGCUUGAAAAACGCCGAUGUCUUCUUUGCAGGAGUUUCUAAUGGACAAUCUUAUUCUUCAAACUAUUAUGGCAAUAGUGACGAAAAAUUGUCCUUACAACCAAUCAGUGAAUGGCAUCUUAUGUACUUCAAUGAGUCUGACAUGAAAACAACAUUGACGUUCUGUAGAGAACUUUCUGGGCCAAAUAUGAAAAUAAAUAUCACACAAAAUACAAUGAGAGUCCUGUGGGGCUAUAACAAUACAGACAAUGUAAGUGACAGCUUUCAACAGGAUGGCGUCAAAAGUCUAUAUCUGCUUCAAGACCAGUUGCCUGAUCCAGUAAUGCCAAAUGAUACAUUUACAAUACAAUUCAGAAUGAAUGAAACUCGAAUUCCAAAGUCAAAAACUACUUAUUGGUGUAAAUCGUUUGACGCACCACCACUUGACGAGCAAGUACAUGCUAUUGUGUUUUCUCCUUACAUCCAAGAUGGAAAUGAAGCUUUUGUUCACCAUAUGUUACUAUAUGGCUGCUACAGAAACACUUCGAAAGGAAAACAUAUUGGAUAUGAAACAAAAUGCUACUCACCAAAUAUGCCAAUUGACUGGUACUAUUGUAACGAAAUUGUUUUCGGAUGGGCAGUUGGAGGCUCGAAAUUCGUUCUCCCUGAACAUACUGGAAUGUCUUUUGGAAGUAAAGAUGAUCCUGCGUACUAUUUGCUGGAAAUGCAUUACGAUAAUCAACAAAAGAUGGAAGGCGCGCUCGAUUCUUCUGGAAUAGAAAUAACUCUUACUAGAUCUAAACGUCAAUACGAAGUUGGAAUGUUAUCAGUUGGAUAUACUGUGUAUAAUUUUAAGCAAUUAAUUCCACCUUAUGCCAAAGAAUUCAAAUAUUACGGACACUGUGAGGCGUGUGGAUCUAUGAUUAAACCUGAAAAAAAUAUCCAAUGGAAUGAGGACGGAGUUAAGAUGAUAGCCAUUCUACUUCAUGCACACUUGGCAGCGAGAAAGAUAAGGCUUCAUCAUUAUCGUGAUGGUAAAAAGCUGCCUGAUAUCAUGUAUGAUGACAAUUAUGAUUUCAACUACCAAGAAUUGAGGUUCAUCAAGACGGAGACGACACUUUUAAAGGAUGACAUCCUACAAAUAGAAUGUGUCUAUGACACUACAGAAAGAACAAAUUUUACAAAUGGUGGUCUUGGCACUGAUGAAGAAAUGUGUCAAGCCUUCAUUAUGCAUUAUCCACGAAUAGAACUAAAACUUUGUACUAGUAGUUUAAAGUUUGAUCGCAAACUGAUCGGGACUGACUUACUGCAAUAUAAGAAUAACCAAGAUGCCAUUAAAAAAAUGGAAUUAAUAGUCAACGGUUUGGAACCCCAAGUCGGUUUUAUUCAGCUUUGUCUUAAUAGGACAAAUCUAAUCAGCUAUACGAAUCGAACUUUCCCAGUAAUUAAAUUUGAUGACCCGUCAAUUCCACAACCAACUACAACCGAAAAGAAUUCAGCUGCAAAAUUCUUCGUAAAGACCGGAAUGAUUUCCAUUUUGAUUUCUUAUUGGUUAAUUUAACACUUUUACAAAUACUCGUCAGAUCAUAUUAAUAAAAUAUCCAUUCCUAUAAAUAUGAAAAAUAAUUUUUCAUGUAUAGCUGAGGAAAAUCUUUGAUGAAUGUUUUCGUAGGUAUUAACAAACUUUUUCUAAACUUAUACGUAUACAUAUGUAUCAGAGUGUAUGCGCGCGUGUGUGUAAAAAUUUUAAAGUUAAUUGCAUAUACCAGUAAACUCAAAUUCUGUUUAUUGCAUACGAUUUUAGUUUCCAGUAUUGCAUAAGGUUAUCGGCAUAAAAUGAACCUUUAUCUGCUGUGAUAUGUAUUAAGGGAUUCUUAUAAGUUUCACUUUUCAUAAUGAGUUAAAGCUUUAUUUUCCAUAAUGAAUUAAAAUUCAGUGUUACUUGCUUACAAAGGAUUUAUAUCCAGAAUGUGAUAUUUGUUCAUAUUAUUCUCCGAUUCCAAUGGAGUUCAAAAAUUCAAAUACUUUUUUUGUAUUAUUUCCACGUAAUAAAAAUUUUCAAUAAAUAAACCUAAAAAUAGCUUUUGAAUCCAUUUUGUUUUACUUAUUUUGCUUUACUUGUUCUAUUUAUUAUCGACUAGAAUCGAAUGUGAUCGACUAGAUUGACUGUGACCCGACUCAUCACUUUGGAUGGUUCUUCCAGUAAUUAAGUAAUUCAAACUCUACAAAACUCAGUAUCCAGGUCUAUGAUGCUGGAAAGCAUGAUAUAUUGUAAACUAUCAAAUGGAUAACAAAAAAGUGUAAAUUUCUAAUUUCCUAUUGUUCAAAAAACUUAUGCAAACUGAAAAAUCAAACUUAGAGUUAAAAUUUAGCAAAUUUCAGCUUUUAAUAAUAGCAAUAUUAAUUCUUUUUAAUUCUGGGACCAGAUCAGCAAUUUUGAAAAAAGGAAAAGUCGAGUACGUCUACCUUGUGCCCAACUAGUACUUAUUUUAUCGACCCCGGAAGGUUGAAAGACACGGUUGGCGUAGCUGACUGUAAAACACCGAAGAAAUACCACCAAGUAUUGUGUCCGGUACAAUAACGAUUGUACCAGGUAGCUGCCCAAGGACAAAAUUAUAAAGUAUAAAUUUCAAUAAAUUAUUUUAAUUCAUGAUAAGGAAUGUUAUUACGACCUUCCUUUAAAUCUGACAACUGUAGUCGAAAAUAAAUUAUUUCCCUUACAAAGGAGCAGAAUGUUGCUGACUGAAGGCUUUUGUAAAAUAGUGAACCCACCUGAAAUCAAAUUGUUUCAAGUGGUUGUAUUGCAUUGAAUAAAUCAAAAUAUGUUCACAGCAGAAGUAACUCUUCUACAGACGGAAGGCGUUAGUAAAUCUCUUGUUCUUUUUAUUACCUUUCCCUACCUUCUUCAGUCGUCUCCACAAAAUACGUAAAUAUUUGGUCUAUUUCCACCGUCGAAAUUUUUCUAUUACGAAGACGAUGAAAAUACGUGAAGUAUUUUAUAUACUCUUAAUUUUAUUCUCAGCCAUUUCCCAUGUUAAACACAAGCAGAAGAAAAAAGAUAGACAAAGCUACGCAACCCAUUUUCACAUGAAUAUUAAUGGGAUGACGCAAAAAUAGACUAGCAAUCCCACGUAGACAUAAAUAGCACAUAGUUUCACGUGUUCUAUACGGUAGUCUUUAGAUAAACAAGACAGAUCAUUCUAAACAUAAUGACUCGCUUUUUUUAUAUUUUUGUAUUUUAUACUAAAGUGAAUUAACCCUAACAUAUGUGUCUGUAUCUUUUGUAAGUGCAUGUGUGUAUGGGGAGUGUCUGUAUCACCUAUAUUCUCUGUUAAUACGUGUUCGUUUGUAUUUGUUUUUAUUUAUUUAUUUGUUCAUGUGUGUUUUUUUUUUGGUUUUUUUUGUGUUUAAUUAAAUUUUGUUAACGUA